CGCACGUUUUUUCGAAUUUCUGUUGUAGACGUUUUACUUUGUUCUUAACGUUAGUAUUUUUUUUCGAAGUUUUUUUAACUCUGUCGAAUGUCAUUACUCAUUACAGUGGCAUAAGAACUGAAACAAAUUAAAAAUGGUCGAAGUGCUUCGUGACAAGGAAUUUUUAGUCAAAGAAUACUUGGAAACUCGUGGAUUAUACAGUCAUCAUAUUAACUCUUUUAACGCAUUUAUCGAUAGUGAUUUGAAGAAAAUCAUUCAGCAAAACCAUUCUGUACGAAGCGAUGCAGAUCCAAAUUUUUAUUUGCAUUUUAAAAAUGUUACCGUUGGCCAUCCACAGGUAGAUGAUGGUUUUAAUGUUACUAGAAAUGUUACACCACAAGAAUGCCGCCUACGAGAUUUAACAUAUUGUGCUCCUAUUUAUGUUGAUAUUGAAUAUGUUAAAAGCGGCAUGAAAUAUCUUCGAAAAGGAUUCAUUAUUGGUCGUCUACCUAUAAUGUUAAGAAGUAAUCGGUGCUGUCUUUACCAGAAAUCAGAUGCUGAGUUAGCAAAAAUGAAAGAAUGUAUAUAUGACUCUGGUGGUUAUUUUAUAGUAAAAGGAACUGAAAAAGUAAUAUUAAUGCAAGAACAACCUGCCAAAAACAAAAUAUUGGUCGAAAAAGAUUCUAAUGGAGUACCUACAGUUCAAGUAAUGAGUAGUACUGUUGACAAAAAGUCUAAAACUAACAUUAUUUUUAAGAAAAAUUUAAUUUAUGUUUGUCAUAAUGCUCUUGAGGAGAAUAUACCUUUUGUUAUUUUUAUGAAAGCCCUUGGUGUCUGUUCAGAUCAGUUGAUACUACAGAUGGUUGGCACAGAGUUUGCUAUUAUGAAUCAAAUGUAUCCAUGCUUUUUAGAAAGUAGCAAGUUAAAUAUUUAUACUCAAAAACAAGCUCUUAGAUUUAUUGGAGAUCGUAUUAAAAAAAUGGGAUUUACCUCUGAAGACUAUGAUAGCAGAGUUAUUACUGAAGUACAUGAUUUUUUAUCUACUGUAAUUUUGGCUCAUAUACCUGUGACUAAUACUAAUUAUCAUAUGAAAGCUAUAUACACUUCAAUCAUGGUUAGACGAUUAAUUUUUUCUUUGUCUAAUCCAGAUUUAUUUGAUAGUAAAGAUUACUACGGUAAUAAGUGUUUAGACUUGCCUGGGUCAUUUUUAUCUUUGCUUUUUGAUGACACCUUUAAACGCUUCACUUUUGAAUUGAAAUCUGUAGCUGAUAAGAAUAUACCAAAAGUGAAGGCUACUCCAUUUGAUAUAAUCAAGUACAUUAGAACCGAUACAAUUACAAAUGCUUUGGUAUUUGCUAUUCAAACUGGUAAUUGGUCUAUCAAGAGAUUUCGUAUGGAAAGACAUGGUGUUACUCAGGUCUUAACUAGAUUGUCAUACUUAUCAGCUAUAGGUAUGAUGACUAGGGUCAAUUCACAGUUUGAAAAAAGUCGAAAGGUAUCAGGACCACGUUCAUUACAACCAUCACAGUUUGGAAUGUUGUGUCCUUCUGAUACUCCUGAAGGAGAAGCUUGUGGACUCAUAAAAAAUAUUUCACUUUUAGCUCAUGUGACGACUGAAUCUGUAGACGAUGAUGCUGUAUUACGAUUAGCUCUUGAUUUGGGAGUUGAACCUGUGGGUUUACAUUCAGUAAACGAUUUACAUGAAGAUUAUACGUAUUUAAUAAUAUUUAAUGGAAAUAUCAUUGGUUCCACUAAUAAAUGUAUUGACUUUGUUGAAAAAUUCCGGAAAUGUAGGCGGAAAGGUAUAUUCAGCAAGUUUAUUUCCAUUUACAUAUCAGAACGGCACAAGUGUAUUUACAUCAACUCUGGUGAUGGUAGAUUAUGUCGACCGUAUUUAGUUGUAGAAAAUGGUCAGCCAUUACUGACUAAUGCUCAUAUUGAUGACUUAAAAAGAGGGUAUUGUACAUUUCAAGAUUUUAUAGAUCAAUCUCUUAUUGAAUUUAUUGAUGUCGACGAAGAAAAUAACUGUUUAAUAGCAUAUAAUGAAGAGAAGAUUGUUCCUGAAACUACUCAUAUGGAGAUGGCACCUUUCAGCAUACUGGGUAUAUGUGCUAGUGUUAUACCUUUUCCACAUCAUAACCAGUCACCUCGUAACACUUAUCAAUGUGCUAUGGGUAAACAAGCAAUAGGUACUAUUGCUUUAAAUUACCAACAUAGAAUAGAUACACUUCAAUACAAUUUGUGGUACACACACAUACCAAUGGUUCAUUCUAAAGCAGUACCAAUGAUCAAUUAUGAUAAGUUGCCAGCUGGUCAAAAUGCUACUAUUGCUGUUAUGAGUUACUCCGGCUAUGAUAUUGAAGACGCUAUCAUAUUGAAUAAGGCUAGUGUUGAUAGAGGUUUUGGAAGAGGUGGAACAUUUAGGAACUCCAAAUGUUUCUUAAGACAUUAUCCAAAUCAAAUGAUGGAUUCUAUACAGGGACCUAUUGUUGAUAAUGCUACAAAAAAACCAAUCUAUAAACAUAGGGCAUUAGAAAAUGAUGGUAUAGCAGCUAUUGGCCAACCAGUAUUUGAUAAACAAGUCACAAUCAAUAAAGCUACACCAAAAACUAUUACUGUAGAAGAUGUAGGUGGCGAUAGAGGGUUUAAAGAAACGCCCUUAUUUUACAAAGGAUAUGACCCUUCAUAUAUUGACAAAGUGAUGAUAACAUCAAAUAGUGAUUGUUUUUUGAUUAAAGAAAACUUUAGACAACCAAGGCGACCUGAAAUUGGUGACAAAUUUAGUAGUAGACAUGGUCAAAAAGGAGUGGUUGGUUUGAUUGUAGAUCAAGAGGAUAUGCCUUUUAAUGAAGUUGGAAUAUGCCCAGAUUUGAUUAUGAACCCUCAUGGUUUUCCAUCUCGUAUGACAGUUGGUAAACUUAUUGAACUUUUAGCUGGUAAAGCUGGCGUAUUAGAAGGCAAAUUUCAAGACGGCAGUGCUUUCGGUGGUGCAACUGUUACUGAUAUUAGUAAUGAGUUGCAGAAACAUAAUUAUAAUUAUCUGGGAAAAGAUGUAUUAUACUGUGGUAUUGAUGGUAGACCAAUGGAAGCAUAUAUUUACUCGGGUCCAGUUUUCUAUCAACGUCUGAAACACAUGGUAGCUGAUAAGAUACAUGCUCGAUCCAGAGGACCUAGGGUGCUGUUGACUAGGCAGCCAACUGAAGGUAGAUCAAAAGAUGGUGGACUUCGAAUGGGAGAGAUGGAAAGAGACUGUCUUAUUGCAUAUGGUGCUAGUAUGCUGAUUAUUGAAAGAUUGAUGUUAAGCAGUGAUGUGGUGGAAAUGGACGUUUGCAAAUUAUGUGGUUUAUUUUCAUAUUCUGGUUGGUGUCACAUGUGCCAAAAAAGUAAUUCAGUUUGCCGAAUCAAAAUGCCUUAUGCGUGCAAAUUACUAUUUCAAGAACUGCAAGCAAUGAGUAUAGUACCUAAAAUAUCAUUAAAAAAAUAUUGUGAUUGAAAAAUAUUUUUAUUAUGAAUUUAAAACCAUUCUAUGUUU